AUGCGUCAAGCGCUAGCGCUAAUCUCAGCUGUGAAUGCGUUUCAGACGGUAUACGAGCCGCGAAGGAGCCGCACACGAAGAAUCAGCGCUAUCACGGACGGAUUCGCUGUGUUUGAGGCUGCACACCCCACAGCGGCUGGAUUUUUAGCACUGAGCGACGCCGCGGCGCCGCUCCUGCAUGCCUGCGGCCUCGGCGCGGUGUCGAAUUGCAUCUCCCAAUGUAUCGCGGGCCACGAAGAAAGAAGUCCGCCUCUCAACUUACCUCGCGCGGCCGAGCGGUGGAAACGAAGGCGGAGAGCCGAUCAGGUCGACGUGCCCGCGGCGGUGGCCUUCGGUGUAGUCGUCGCCGCGGCGGUGUACGCUUAUGACUUGCCCGUCAAUCAAGGCUACGUUUUCCUCGGCGCCUCGCUGUGGGACGCCGCGCGCAACGAGUUCGCGCGCCUUCGCGAGAUCGACCGCUGCACGGCGGAACUGAGGACGAUCGUGGCGGAGGUGCGGGCGGCCGCGACCACGGCCGACCCGGCCGAAUUUGCGCAGCGCUACAACUCCGCGGAGAAGACGCUCGUCGAGUUGCAGACGCGUGUCGCCGACGGUCCGCUGCCGCGAAGUAGGUGA